GCAUGACAUUGAUGUGACCCCUCAUGAUUUCCGUAUUAUUUUCAUAUGAUUUUCGAAUGGAUACCCACCAACAGUGCCACCCAGCAUAUUUUUAAAAAAGCAUUGCGAAAAGAUGGUGCUCUGUUCUGUGCAGCAGAAUAUACUAGAGUAGAGAGAAGCUGCACUCAUCCUCACAUAAAUAAAUAAUCCAGGCUAGAAAGUUGACUUUUAUCUGAUCUGUCCACAUAAUCUUUUGAAUAGCUGUUGUGCCUGUGUUUCAGGCAUUUCACAUAGCGGAAUUAGUCUCAAAAACUGCCUUGGGUCGGCUUUGGGGUGAGUUCGUUUGACAGUUCGCUGCUCGCGCUCACAGCAAAUGCGCGUUUCGAUGGCUUGUAGUGUGUGUGAAGAGAUGCCACUAGUGUAACGCGGAAGUUCGUUAGUUUACAGUUGUUGUGCAUUUUGUGUACAGUAGACCUUCCACCAAAUUCUGUGUUCAAGUUCAAGUUCUUUUUUUUUCUGGGCAUUGUAAGUGUUGAAACAUAUUAGGACAACAAACUACAAACACGCUCCUCACCCGGUAAGUGUCAACAGUAGCCUACCGUUAUCUACGUUUAAUCUACAUCGUCAUUGAGUUGAUGCAUUGACACCUGUGAAGUUGGAUAGUCUACUGUUCAUGCAAUUCAUUCAUAUUGAUAAUAUAAACGGCAGCGCUGUAGUGGUGGCUAUACGCAGGUAUACGCCGUAUACCCACUUUUUCCCAGUGGGAAUUGCAAAUAGGCUACCCACUUUUAAUACCCAAAGAUUCGUAUCAAAGUAGCCUAGUGUAGUGGAGGUAUACACCGUAUCAAUUAUGUAGGCUAGUACAAUAGAGAAAUCAUGCACAAAGUAUACUACACAAUCGCAAAGGACGUGAAAUAUAUUCACAUGGGCGCAGCACACAUAGCCUAGUUUCAACGGAAUACAAUCUUUCAGGCAGGGGUGAAAGUCCAAUUAAUUUCUUCCCGGUACGGGACCUCCUAUUUCCACCCGCAACAUAUUUCCAGCAUACAAACAAACAGUGGUGAAUGGAAAGAUACAUAUGUUACACAAAACACCAAUAAUAACAUUUGGCAAUUGUCAUUAGGCAAGAAUGUAUGCGUCCAAUGCUGUCCGGGUUGUCGGCCACUUAUCUCUGCCUUGGCACUUCUGCCUUGGCAAAAUGUCAGUGUGCUCGUCGAACAGCAACGUAUUUUGGAGCUUAGGCUGCUCCCAUUUUCAUGCCUCUGACAUGCGGUAAUGAUAAAAAGUUGUGUAAUAGCCUACAGUUUCCUUGACAUUUUGUUUUAUUUAUUGUGAUAGGCUCAUGUUUUACCGGAACCGGAACGGCAUACCCCCACAAUUUAUUUUGCCUGGACACCGUACCGGACCGCCUUACUUUCACCUUGGCUUUCAGGCAGCAAGAGCGCGCAGCGUAAAGUAUAAAUAGUAAAGUAAAGUACAGAUACCCUCCCAAAAAACAACGUCAUAUUUUUACUUAAGUACUUUACAGCACUGGUUUGAAUUUAUGAUAUCUACCAGUAAAUGCUAACUAAGGCAACAAUGGGUAUACAAACCAGGUAUUGAAAAAGUUUGGUCCGAAGUCUGGUUGAAUCAAUACAAUGCGCAAUUAAGUCAUCAUGCGCUGUUUGAAUGAACAUCUCUAAAGGCUUUCCCAAAACCCUUCCCAAUUAAAGGUUGACCUCAAAUUAGGCCUACCUACCUGGCAGAAUUAUAUAAUGAGGAUUUGUAUCAAGUGAGAUGGCAUUUGUUUAGCAAACUCAGCCAUCGCAUGUAAACUGCAGGCCUACAUUCUAGAGUACAGAAACACUGCUAGCCAAAUGGUAUUUUGCUCAGUGCACAAUUGAAUUAAAGGACAACUACACCCUUCCUCAAAAAUGUUGUUGUGGACGUAGAACAUCCAAUUUGAGUAUUUUCUCAAUAUAAAAAAGUGUGAUUUUAAGAGUGAAAACCUGAAUAAACUAUAGGAAAACUUUUGCUUUGAACUUGAAUGAUUUAUUGUUUGUGUAUUGUUAUGUUUUUCAGUGUAUUUGACUGCUGUGUGGGUAUUAUUAAAAACUUGAACUUGAAAAUGUAACUUGAAGAACUUGAAAUAUUAUUUUCUAUUCCUCUCUGUCAGCUGAAGCACCAUGGCAACAAAAAGGCAGGCCCUCAGAGCUGUUGUACUUUGUCUGGUGCUUGUUGCUGCUGUCAAACUUCUGCUUUGGGAUUCCAGGUGAGACAUCCUACCAUAGGCACAAUCCUCAUUCAUUGAGGUGUUUGUAGACUCAUAUGAUAUAAUAUUGUGUUUUUCAUAGCCUCUUGGGACAGCCGUUCGUUCUGGGUGCCAAGUAUAUUUUAUUAAGACUUUCAUUAGUCUUCAGAAGAAAAAAAAAGUUUAUGUUUAAAUCUGUCUUGUUCCAGAACUGAAAGGAAUCAGAAGUUGGCCAACAUGGAUGCUGGCUCAUUUUGGCAAAAGGGACCAAAGGUGAAGGAGGCUGUUACUGUGCACAAGUCAGAGGUUAUAAACUCUUUUUUGAACCGGGCCCAGAAACCAGAGGUCCAGACCCUCCAGUAGAAAAGGAUUCCCCACCACAGAAUCCAGAGGGGGCGGACAUAGGGAAAAUAGUAGCACCUCUGGAAACCAGCAAAGGCCCUGCAAGAAUAGUACACCUGGAUCUGAAAGGUGCUGCACCCAAAGUCAAAUACAUGAAGCAGGUGAGAAAAGUUGUUCUCUCCUUGAGGUGGAUCCCCAAAAAGUAUUAUUUGCAGGGCCUUUAUGGUAAGUCACUCUGGAUAAGAGCGUCUGCUAAAUGACUAAAAUGUAAAAUGUAAAUGUAUUAUUUAUAAGGUGUAGUCCUUUUCUGCAGUCAAAUGACGUAGUGGCCUGAUGGGUGGAAUGUUGUUAAUAUAAUAUAAUUAAUUUAACUCUAUAUCUGACAUGGUACAGGUGUCUACUUUUUUAAAGCCCAUAACCAUGUGUGUGAGGUGUAUACUUUUGUUUCAAAGUAGAUUUGUUUAAGGUUACCAAUGAACACCCUGUGUGACCCUGAUUUAGCCCACUGCAGUAAAAGAUUUUAAGAUUCAUAUUUUAAUGGAGAUACUGGCAUAUUGGUAGUCUUAUUUAUGUAGUAUAGCUAUAUACAGUACCAGUCAAAAGUUUGGACACACCUACUCCUUCCAGGGGUUUUCUUUAUUUUUACUAUUUUCUACAUUGUGGAAUAAUAGUGAAGACAUCAGAACUAUGAAAUAACACAUAUGGAGUCAUGUAGUAACCAAAAAAGUGUUAAACAAAUCAAAAUAUAUUUUAUAUUUGAGAUUCUUCAAAUAGCCACCCUUUGCCUUGAUGACAGCUUUGCACACUUUUGGCAUUCUCUCAACCAGCCCAAAUAAAUGCUUCACAGAGUUCAAGUAACAUACACAUCUCAACAUCAACUGUUCAGAGGGGACUGUGUGAAUCAGGCCUUCAUGGUCGAAUUGCUGCAAAGAAACCACUACUAAAGGACACCAAUAAGAAGAAGAGACCAGCUUGGGCCAAGAAACACGAGCAUUAGACCGGUGGAAAUGUGUCCUUUGGUCUGGAGUCCAAAUUUGAGAUUUUGGGUUCCAACCUCCGUGUCUUUGUGAGACGCGGUGUGGUGAACGGAUGAUCUCCGCGUGUGUAGUCCCACCGUAAAGCAUGGAGGAGGAGGUGUUAUGGUGUGGGGAUGCUUUGCUGGUGACACGGUCUGUGAUUUAUUUAGAAUUCAAGGCACACUUAACCAGCAUGGCUACCACAGCCUUCUACAGCAAUACGCCAUCCCAUCUGGUUUGAGCUUAGUGGGAAUAUCAUUUGUUUUUCAACAUCACAAUGACCCAACACACCUCCAGGCUGUGUAAGGGCUAUUUUACCAAGAAUGUGAGUGAUGGAGUGCUGCAUCAGAUUACCUGGCCUCCACAAUCCCCCGACCUCAACCCAAUUGAGAUGGUUUGGGAUGAGUCGGACUGCAGAGUGAAGGAAAAGCAGCCAAAAAGCAUAUGUGGGAACUCCUUCAAGACGGUUGGAAAAGCAUUCCAGGUGAAGCUGGUUUGAGAGAAUGCCAAGAUUGUGCAAAACUGUCAUCAAGGCAAAGGGUGGCUAUUUGAAGAUUCUCAAAUAUAAAAUAUACUUUGAUUUGUUUAACACUUUUUUGUUUACUACAUGAUUCCAUAUGUGUUAUUUCAUAGUUAAGAUGUCUUCACUAUUAUUCUACAAUGUAGAAAAUAGUAAAAAUAAAGAAAAACCCUUGAAUGAGUAGGUGUGUCCAAACUUUUGACUAGUAGUGUAAUCGAAUUGAACAAAUGCAGUAUACUGCUUCAUUCACCAGAACCAAAAUCAUUGUGAUGGUUUCCAUUCCAGAUCUUCCCUCUCUUCUCCUCUCUGGGUGCUGAUGGUGUUCUGAUAGAGUACGAGGACAUGUUUCCCUAUCAUGGAAACCUGACGAUUCUCAGGUCACCGUAUGCCUACAGGUGAGCACCAAACGGUGAUGUCUCAGUCAAUUUAUGAUUGAUAGGGAAAAACUAGGGCCUGGAGUUUUCCUCUUCAGAUCGCAUGGCAAAGGAAAAACUCCUGGUCCUGAUGAUAAAACUAUGUCAGAACUAGGAUGUACAAUCCAUAGAGACACAUGUAUUACUGUUCUAUUUAGUGUUCUAUUUAAAUAUGUGUCACAAUGAUUAGCAGUGUGCUGUCUAUCUCUGUGUUCUCUGUUAAACAGUAUGGAAGAUAUCGAGGAGAUAAAGAGACUAGCCAAACUCAACAAGCUGGAGCUGAUUCCUUUAGUGCAAGUGUUUGGACACCUCGAGGUAAGUCAGGGAUACUGUCUAUAUCAGUGAUAUAGUGGUAAAAAAAUGGGUGGUUACGCUGAUCACCGUUCACGGUAAGUAAAGUAAUGCUCCCUAUACUUUCAAUGCAUUUUUCCCGCAAAAGGUGGGUAAACGCCCACGCAAAAUAGAAAAGGGGCUUAAACAGCAUUUACGUGUGUUUACCCUCCACUAAAUACUAAAUACUGCACAAUUUAAACACUUGCCCCCAACCCCCCUACCCCAAAACAUGUGUAAAUAUUGGACUAUAAAUUGUGCCUUCCUGUAUUAUAGUUAUGCUAAAAUGUUUAUUCUAUUCUACUGAGCCAUUUACUUUAUGUUCGUAUUCUUAUCUUGUAUUAUUUCUUAUUGUUGUUGCAUUGUCGAGAAGGAACCUGCAAGUAAGCAUUUCGUUGGAUGGUGUAUACAGUGAGGGAAAAAAGUAUUUGAUCCCCUGCUGAUUUUGUAUGUUUGCCCACUGACAAAGAAAUGAUCAGUCUAUAAUUUUAAUGGUAGGUUUAUUUGAACAGUGAGAGACAGAAUAACAACAAGAAAAUCCAGAAAAACGCAUGUCAAAAAUGUUAUAAAUUGAUUUGCAUUUUAAUGAGGGAAAUAAGUAUUUGACCCCUCUGCAAAACAUGACUUAGUACUUGGUGGCAAAACUCUUGUUGGCAAUCACAGAGGUCAGAUGUUUCUUCCCACUUCUCUUUCUAUUCUGGUUAGAGCCAGUUUGCGCAGUUCUGUGAAGGGAGUAGUACACAGCGUUGUACAAGAUCUUCAGUUUCUUGGCAAUUUCUCGCAUGGAAUAGCCUUCAUUUCUCAGAACAAGAAUAGACUGACGAGUUUCAGAAGAAAAUUAUUUGUUUCUGGCCAUUUUGAGCCUGUAAUCGAACCCACAAUUGCUGAUGCUCCAGAUACUCAACUAGUCUCAAGAAGGCCAGUUUUAUUGCUCCUUUAAUCAGCACAACAGUUUUCAGCUGUGCUAACAUAAUUGCAAAAGGGUUUUCUAAUUAUCAUUUAGCCUUUUAAAAUGAUAAACUUGGAUUAGCAAACACAACGUGCCAUUGGAACACAGGACUGAUGGUUGUUGAUAAUGGGCCUCUGUACGCCUAUGUAGAUAUUCCAUUAAAUAUCAGCCGUUUCCAGCUACAAUAGCCAUUUACAACAUUAACAAUGUCUACACUGUUACAUUUUUUUGUCCAUUAAAAUAACAUCAAAUUGAUCAGAAAUAAUAAUAAUAACAUGCUAUUUAGCAGACGCUUUUAUCCAAAGCGACUUACAGUCAUGUGUGCAUACAUUUUUACGUAUGGGUGGUCCUCUGUAGCUCAAUUGGUAGAGCAUGGCGCUUGUAACGCCAGUGUAGUGGGUUUGAUCUCCGGGACCACCCAUAUGUAAAAAUGUAUGCACACAUGACUGUAAGUCGCUUUGGAUAAAAGCGUCUACUAAAUAGCAUAUUAUUAUUAUUAUUAUUAUUAUUUCUGAUCAAUUUGAUGUUAUUUUAAUGGACAAAAAAAUUGCUUUUCUUUCGAAAACAAGGACAUUUCUAAGUGACCCCAAACUUUUGAACGGUAGUGUAUAUAUACAGUGGGGGAAAAAAGUAUUUAGUCAGCCACCAAUUGUGCAAGUUCUCCCACUUAAAAAGAUGAGAGAGGCCUGUAAUUUUCAUCAUAGGUACACGUCAACUAUGACAGACAAAUUGAGGAAAAAAAAUCCAGAAAAUCACAUUGUAGGAUUUGUAAUGAAUUUAUUUGCAAAUUAUGGUGGAAAAUAAGUAUUUGGUCACCUACAAACAAGCAAGAUUUCUGGCUCUCACAGACCUGUAACUUCUUCUUUAAGAGGCUCCUCUGUCCUCCUCUCGUUACCUGUAUUAAUGGCACCUGUUUGAACUUGUUAUCAGUAUAAAAGACACCUGUCCACAACCUCAAACAGUCACACUCCAAACUCCACUAUGGCCAAGACCAAAGAGCUGUCAAAGGACACCAGAAACUAAAUUGUAGACCUGCACCAGGCUGGGAAGACUGAAUCUGCAAUAGGUAAGCAGCUUGGUUUGAAGAAAUCAACUGUGGGAGCAAUUAUUAGGAAAUGGAAGACAUACAAGACCACUGAUAAUCUCCCUCGAUAUGGGUCUCCACGCAAGAUCUUACCCCGUGGGGUCAAAAUGAUCACAAGAACGGUGAGCAAAAAUCCCAGAACCACACGGGGGGACCUAGUGAAUGACCUGCAGAGAGCUGGGACCAAAGUAACAAAGCCUACCAUCAGUAACACACUACGCCGCCAGGGACUCAAAUCCUGCAGUGCAGACGUGUCCCCCUGCUUAAGCCAGUACAUGUCCAGGCCCGUCUGAAGUUUGCUAGAGUGCAUUUGGAUGAUCCAGAAGAGGAUUGGGAGAAUGUCAUAUGGUCAGAUGAAACCAAAAUAUAUAUCGUGUUUGGAGGACAAAGAAUGCUGAGUUGCAUCCAAAGGACACCAUACCUACUGUGAAGCGUGGGGGUGGAAACAUCAUGCUUUGGGGCUGUUUUUCUGCAAAGGGACCAGGACGACUGAUCCGUGUAAAGGAAAGAAUGAAUGGGGCCAUGUAUCGUGAGAUUUUGAGUGAAAACCUCCUUCCAUCAGCAAGGGCAUUGAAGAUGAAACGUGGCUGGGUCUUUCAGCAUGACAAUGAUCCCAAACACCCCGCCCGGGCAACGAAGGAGUGGCUUCGUAAGAAGCAUUUCAAGGUCCUGGAGUGGCCUAGCCAGUCUCCAGAUCUCAACCCCAUAGAAAAUCUUUGGAGGGAGUUGAAAGUCCGUGUUGCCCAGUGACAGCCCCAAAACAUCACUGCUCUAGAAGAGAUCUGCAUGGAGGAAUGGGCCAAAAUACCAGCAACAGUGUGUGAAAACCUUGUGAAGACUUACAUAAAAUGUUUGACCUGUGUCAUUGCCAACAAAGGGUAUAUAACAAAGUAUUGAGAAACUUUGUUAUUGACCAAAUACUUAUUUUCCACCAUAAUUUGCAAAUAAAUUCAUUAAAAAUCCUACAAUGUGAUUUUCUGGAUUUUUUUUCUCAUUUUGUCUGUCAUAGUUGACGUGUACCUACGAUGAAAAUUACAGGCCUCUCUCAUAUUUUUAAGUGGGAGAACUUGCACAAUUGGUGGCUGACUAAAUACAUUUUUCCCCCACUGUAUAUAUAUAUAUUUUUUUAUGUAUAUAUUUUCCUUUAUUAUUUUCCCCUAACCCUACCACCCCUCACCUAAUUGGCGUAAACUAAUGGACAACAACACUUAGGCUUCCACUUCCAGCUUACAGUGAGGGAAAAAAGUAUUUGAUCCCAUGCUGAUUUUGUACGUUUGCCCACUGACAAAGACAUGAUCAGUCUAUCAUUUUAAUGGUAGGUUUAUUUGAACAGUGAGAGACAGAAUAACAACAAGAAAAUCCAGAUAAACGCAUGUCAAAAAUAUUAUGAAUUGAUUUGCAUUUUAAUGAGGGAAGUAUUUGACCCCUCUGCAAAACAUGACUUAGUACUUGGUGGCAAAACUCUUGUUGGCAAUCACAGAGGUCAGAUGUUUCUUGUAGUUGGCCACCAGGUUUGCACACAUCUCAGGAGGGAUUUUGUCCCACUCCUCUUUGCAGAUCUUCUCCAAGUCAUUAAGGUUUCGAGGCUGAUGUUUGUCAACAUGACCUAAAAUGAGAAGAUAACUUGUGUUAUAUUGUAACCAUACCAGAAAAGCAAGAAUAACUAUACAUUCCUUGGAAUGCUCGUUUUCAGUCAUGAUCACAUUAAGUAGACCAGAGCCAUGCUAGAUAUCUAUCUAAAUAUAUGGCUCUGAGAGAGACCAUUCAAUACUAUUGUGUAAUGAAAUAUAACCACUGUUGCCUGUGUCAAAACUAUGUCAGAAAUCUCCUCUUUCAUCUGUCCUCCUCUUUCUUCCUCUGGAUAGUUUGUGUUGAAGCAUGAGAGGUAUUUCCACCUGAGGGAGGUGAGGGCCUUCCCUAACAGUCUGAACCCCCACCAUCCUGGCUCUGUGGCUCUGGUCAAGGACAUGGUCUCCCAGGUCAUGGACUGUCAUCCUGACGCACGCUGGUUCCACAUGGGGGCUGAUGAGGUGUGUGUGUGUGUGUGUGUGUACGCCGUGUGUUUGUAUGUGUAUGAACUAGAACACUACUACUGUAUGUAAUCGUAUCUGUCUGUAGGACUUUGCGUUCAACAGGAUAUUGAGAUAUGCAAAUACAGUGCAAGUAGAUAGUUACAAGGCCAAUGAGAUAGGCCUACAUUAUUCAUACCCCCUGGUUUCUAUAGUUCCAUUCAUAAUACAGUGUGUGUGUGUGUGUGUGUGUGUGUCCAUGUUCCUCAGGUGAGGGGUCUGGGAGAGAGCCAGGACUCUAAAAACUGGUUACAUAGCAACAAGGGGGAUGUUGGGAAAAUGUUCCUGAACCAUGCAGUGUCAUUGGCCCGUUUCAUCACAGAGAGGAGGUCAGGGGUCAGAGUGAUUCUGUGGGAUGACAUGUUGAGGAAGAUCAGCCCUGCCACUAUCAAAGGUGUGAUGAUGAGAUCACCUAGCACUCCUACUGUACUGUGUAUUGAUUAAAUGAAUGUAUGUUUUUGUAAUUAUAACUGACUGACUUCAGGACUCACAAGUGCUUGUAUGUUAUAUAUAUAUUUUUACUUUAUACCAUGUUUAUUACAAUGAAUUAUGCCAUGUGCAUUACAAUGGACAUUGUUAAACCCCACUAAGUGUCUGACUAGUUGCUCUAUAACUGAUUGUUCAUCUAUUCAUACCUCUAGAGUCAGGCCUGCAGGAUCUUGCUUCCCCAACAAUAUGGAACUAUUUGAAGAAAAUGGAUACAGAUGGUAUAGGUAUGUUUAUGUUUUCAGUUUUGAAAACUGCUAAGCCAUCAUUACUUUUUUGUAAUCGUGUUUUUUUUCCUUCUAAAAUUCCACCCCAGAUACAAACAUACACAUAUGAACAACAACUUACAGACGCACACAAACAUUGACUACAGUUAAUCUGCCUAGACCCGCAUGCUCACACCCCCAUUCCUAGUGCCUGCAUUGGUUUUUGACACAUGGCCUUAAAUUGUACCAAUUCGUUUUUCUCGGUCGCCCAUGCUAUUUAAAUAUUUAAAUAAUAAAUCAUUCGAUUUUUCCAUUGUGUUAAUGAUGGCGGAUUGAUUGAUUUCAAGUUUUUAGUAUACGUAUUUUCAAGAUGAGUGAUGAGAAGUGAAUCGUCCAGCCCAUUGGGUAUCUCACUACACCCCCAUAUGCCAUAUGUCUUGAAAUAUGCAGACAGACGGAUUAAAAGUACAUUUACAUUGUAAUACUUCUGACAGCCAACUUUCUAGCUCCGCCCACAACUUUUGGACUUUAUAGCAUUCCCAGAAAGCACGGAUUAUUGAGUCAUUGUUCAUUUUACACUUAAGACAUGACUCUGCCGUUGUGCUGUAGAAUUUGUGAAUUUUGUCUCUUGUACAGUUUAAUAAAUUAUAUCCAUUAGUUUAAACUGGACUAAGCAUACUUUUUCAUUAACUGUAAUUUCGUUAGUUAUGCUCCAACCUCCCCUCCAUCAUGUGCCAACAUCAGUUCCUUUUAAGUCUUGGUUCCAAUAGUUUAUAUUUGUUCUAAGAGAUUGUCAGUUGGAUAGGCUCUCUGCAAGGUUUUAUAUAUCUUACCUUUCAUAUGAAUAUCCUUUUAUGACUCAAAUAAGAUUCAAAUCGAAAUUUUGUGAUAUGAAACUUUUAAGUUGCAUGUAUUUGAAAAUAUCAACAUUGGUCAGUCCCAAAUUGCUUUUUAAUUCUACCAAAUACAUGUAUUUCCUAUUACCAAUUUAUUUAAGGUUUCUAUGCCUUUAGUUUUCCAUGUGGACCAAUUAAUCGGUCAAUUCUGAAAAGCUAUCCAAGGAUUGUUCCAUAGGGUUGUAUUUUAUGGGAGUGAUAUUGGUUCUUGUAGAAUACGUUUCAUUUUCUUCCAUAUUGUUAUAGUGUUCGUAACUAUGAAGUUGUUCAUGUUCUUAGCUUUAUCCUUUGAAAAUAGACACGUAAAAAUAUUCUGGGGAUGAGCAUGUGCAUCUUCAAUAUGUACUCAUUGUUCCUCUUUAGUAUAUUUAACUAUAUGUCGUAAGUAAAAGCCUUGGGUAGCGAGCUGAUACAAUUCCAAGUCUGGAAGGUUAAAACCACCCUCAGACAUAGGAAGAUAUAAAACUUUUAUUUUUAUUUUAUGAAUUUGAUUUGCCCAUAUAAAGAAUGUUAUGACCAAGUAUACUUUUUUAAAUAAUGUCUUUGGUGGGGUAAUUGGGAUUACUGAUGACACGUUAGAGUCUAGACCAUUGUAAAAGUGUUUACACCUUUUGAAUAAGAGAGGGAAAAUAUUGUGUUUACCAAUACCCCAUUUUAAUGUUUUCUAUUUUGAACAGGAACAUUGAUAUCUAGAUACCAUGAGGCCGGUUUCAAGGGUGUAUGGUUCGCCAGUGCAUUCAAAGGGGGCACAGGUAUUGACCAGCGAUGGACCCCUCUUGACUAUCACCUACAGAACCAUCUGUCCUGGAUAAAGGUCAUGAACUCUAUGACCAAAUACCCCUCCAUAACCCUCCAUGGCAUCCUGCUAACUGGAUGGCAAAGGUAAGACAUUGAUUAGGGUUGCAACAAUUCAGUAACUUUUCCAAAAUUCCAAGGUUUUCCAGAAAUCCUGGUUGGAGGAUUCCGAUUUCAUGCUUAUUCCCUUCUGAUUCCAGCAAUCUUCCAAAAGGGAUUUCUGGAAAACCUGGCAAUUUGGGGGAAAUUACCAGAAUUGUGCAACCCUGACACUAAUCAACCACAAUUGACUCUGAUAACGUCUUGGGAAUGUUCAAAGUGUGUGUACUAAACCAGAGCAUGCAGAAGAUAUACUGUAUAAGGCAUAACUCAUUCCAUUGGCCCAUUAAACUUGGUAACUAAACCAACUGUAGGAUCCUGUCUUUUACUGUGUGUCUGUGUUAUGAAACGGUGCACCUCAGUGUUUGAAAUAUUUUACCCUUCAGGUUUGAGCACCAUACGGUGUUGUGUGAACUCCUCCCAGUUGGCAUUCCCUCCCUGGCUAUGUGUCUACAAAGCUUAAAGCAUGGUAAGUGCCAGGGGAAAUGUAAAAUAGGGACCUUCUCGCAGUCGUAAGGACAAAGAUUCAGCAGGAGGCAGGCAGGUAGAGGUGCAAAUGAGUGUUUUUUAUUUUUAUUUACACAGCACAAGUUGAUAUAUUUACAAACGUCAGACUUCUAAAUGUCAGUAUUCAAAAAGAAAAAACCUCCUAACAGGAAAAACCUGCCCUAAGCAUAAAGGCACAGGUGGUAGAGACCUGCACGGUGUCACGAUCGUCAACAGAUGCGGACCAAGGCGCAGCGUGAUAAGCGUACAUUCUUUAUUAGUACACACACGAACCAAAACAAUAAACCAAACGAUACAUGAAGUCCUAGGUUAUACACAAAACCUAAACGGAACAAGAUCCCACAAUAAACUGGUGAAAACAGGCUGCCUAAGUAUGGUCCCCAAUCAGAGACAACGAGCUACAGCUGUCUCUGAUUGGGAACCACCCUGGCCAACAUAGAAAUAAACGAUCUAGAACAAAACCCAUAGAAAACUAAACAUAACAAGUCCACACCCUGGCUCAACAUUUAAGAGUCCCCAGAGCCAGGGCAUGACAGUACCCCCCCCCCCCCCCCCCCCAAAGGCGCGGACUGCGACCGCGCCAACCAAACACAACAGGGGAGGGGCCGGGUGGGCAUUCCGCCUCGGAGGCGGAUCCGGCUCCGGGCGUGACCACCACGCUCUCUCUACCCCCCCGUAGCGCCCCUGGUCUGGUCUGGCCCCGCUGGCCGGAGCUGGACUGGACACCGGUGGAGCGGAUUGCUCUGGCUCCGGUGUGGAGCAGCUGACCGGUGCCGGACCAGGCACCGGUGGAACAGGCACGGACCGUGCCGGACUGAUGACGCGCACCACUGGCUUGGUGCGGGGAGCAGGAACGGGCCGGACCGGGCUGGCGACGCGCACCACUGGCUUGGUGCGGGGAGCAGGAAUGGGCCGGACCGGGCUGACGACGCGCAGCACUGGCUUGGUGCGGGGAGCAGGAACGGGCCGGACCGGGCUGGCGACGCGCACCACUGGCUUGGUGCGGGGAGCAGGAACGGGCCGGACCGGGCUGGCGACGCGCACCACAGGCUUGGUGCGGGGAGCAGGAACCGGCCGGACCGGGCUGGCGACGCGCACCACAGGCUUGGUGCGAGGAACAGGAACAGGCCGGGCUGGACUGUGGAGACGGACUGGAGGUCUGGAGCGGAGAGCUGACACAACCCGUCCUGGCUGAAUGCCUAUUUCCACACACUCUGUGUGAGGUAUCAGCACAGGACGUACAGGGCUGUGCACUCGUACUGGCACUACAGCACGUGGCACUGGCGCAGGAUAUCCGGCACCGAGGAGGGGUACUGGAGGCCACGAGCGUUGAGCCGGCACACUCCGUCCUGGCUGCAUGCCCACCUUAGCACGACACGUGCGUGGUGCUAGCACAGGACGUACAGGACUGUGCCGGAACACUCGCGGCACAGUACGUGGCUCCGCAUAACACGGAACCUGCCCAGUCUCACGCUGCCUAGCCUGAGUAUGGGGAGUUGGCUCUGCUCUACCUCUAGGCUCCGCCAACCACCCUUCCAGCCCCCCAAACCUGGUGGCCUCCUCUCCUAGUCCGCCGAUUCGCCCUGUAGCUGCCUCCAGCAGCCCCGUCGUCCACGCCGUGUGCCCCCCCCCAAAAAAAAUAACUUGGGGUUGCCUCUCGCGUGUCCGUCGUCGGCACGGUUGGCGCCGUUUCUCCUCUCCUGCCUGGGCAUUUCCUUUGCCACCCUUGCCCGCGAGAUCUCCCCAAACACAUUGCCCACCUGGCAUCGCAUCUUUCCUCCUGGGCCGUGCUGUCUCUAGGUGGGAUCUCUGCAAUCGUCGACGAUGCGGACCGAGGCGCAGCGUGAAAGCGACCUUAUUAGUACACACACUACCAACAUAACCAACAUACAAGUCCUAGUUAUACACAACCUAGAACAGACCCACUAACUGUGAAACAUGCCUAAGUAUGGUCCCUCCACGAGCUACAGCUGUCUCUGAUGGGAACCACCUGGCCACAUAGAAAUAAACGAUCUAGAACAAAACCCAUAAAAUCUAACAUAAACAAGUCACACCCUGGCUCAACAUUUAAGAUCCCCAGAGCCAGAGCGUGUGAACACACGGGCAUGAAUUUUAAGCCCAAGCCCUAACCAUGCCUGUGACGUUAAGGCCCUACCCUAACCAGGCCUGAUUGCUUCUGCCAAAUUUAAGGCCCGGUCCCUGCCCGAAGCCCAAAAUCAGAAAUAACUUCCUCUGUUAGUAAAUCCAUUAGCUGCUCCUCUCUGUCUGUCACUCGCUCCUUGCGCGGAGCUCGCUCUGCAUGCGCAUUUCUCAUGGCGGCUCCGAGUCUGUGAAUAUCCAUAGCAACGGCAAGUGACACUUUGCUCUUUGAAAAUCUUAUAUCUUGAAAACUUCACUGCUGACAAAAAAAAACUUUGGGAUUGUAUCAACAGUAAACUAAUGAAAAACAUACCAAAAGAUAGUUGUUGAGUUUAUAUAUUUUUUCCCUUUAAAUACCAUAAUCCACACCCAUCCUGGCACUAUGUGAGCGUGGGUGCAUUCAACAUUUACAAGGCUGAGAAACCAGACUUGUGCUCCAAACAAAAGACAAUAAAGCAAGCGACAGAAAACUGGUGAAUAUAAUUAAAUAAACCAAAGCUUCUUACUCAGAGUGUUUUGCGCAGUUUGUGAGCUCUCCAAAGAACGUGUCCACUACGAUAAUGAGAACGGAAUGAAUGUAUUAAUACUGUAAAUUACCGUAACCAGACAUUCUAAAUGUGCGAAUGGUGGGGAUUAACAGUAACUUCACUGAUGAUUACAUAUUUAGCGGGGGCAUUGGUAAACACCACAGGAGGCUGGUGAGGGGAGGACAGCUCAUAAUAAUGGAUGGAAUGGAGUGAAUGGAAUGGUAUUAAACAUGGAAUGGAAACCAUGUGUUUGAUGUGUUUGAUACCAUUACAUUAAUUCCGUUCCAGCCAUUACAAUGAGCCUAUCCUACCCAAUUAAGGUGCUACCAGCCACCUGUGGUAAACACUGGCAAACAAAGGGCAACAAUUCACUCAAUUAAGAAAUGAAUGUGCUCGAAAUAGGUGGGAGUCAGUGCACAUUUACGUGCCUACAGCGCACCUUCGCCACAGGAAAUAACAGAAAUAUAGGGUGGGUGGGCACACAAAGUGGGGAUUAUUGAAUAUAUGGCAAAGAUUUUGGCAAAAUAGUCCACAAAUAAAGUAUUACAGUAUACCGGUCUUGUAACUAACAUUAUGCAUGCGUCUGCUGGACAGGUGCAUUUGACGAAAAGGCAAAGAUGGAGGCUCACCACAUACUGGGCUGCAACAUCAAGGUGGAGAAAGAUAUCUGGUUAGUAGUAAAUCAAAUCAAAUCAAAUGUUAUUUGUCACAAUGCGCCGAAUACAACAGGUGUAGACCUUACAGUGAAAUGCUUACUUACAAGCCCUUAACCAACAAUGCAGUUUUAAGAAAGAAAAUAAUACGAAAUAAAGGUAACAAAUAAUUAAAGAGCAGCAGUAAAAAUAACAAUAGCGGGGCUGUAUACAGGGGGUACGGUACCGAGUAAAUGUACGGGGGGCACUGGUUAGUCGAGGUAAUAUGUACAUGUAGGUAGAGUUAUUAAAGUGACUAUGCAUAGAUAAUAAACGGGGGGGGGGGUGCAAAUAGUCUGGGUAGCCAUUUGAUUAGAUGGUCAGGAGUCUUAUGGCUUGGGGGUAGAAGCUGUUUAGAAGCCUCUUGGACCUAGACUUGGCGCUCCGGUACCGCUUUCCGUGCGGUAGCAGAGAGAACAGUCUAUGACUAGGGUGUCUGGAGUCUUUGACAAUUUUUAGGGCCUUCAUCUGACACCGCCUGGUAUAGAGGUCCUGGAUGGCAGGAAGCUUGGCUCCAGUGAUGUACUGGGCUGUACGCACUACCCUCUGUAGUGCCUUGCGGUCGGAGGCCAACCAGUUGCCAUACCAGGCAGUGAUGCAACCAGUCAGGAUGCUCUCGAUGGUGCAGCUGUAGAACCUUUUGAGUAUCUGAGGACCCAUGCCAAAUCAUUUCAGUCUCCUUAGGGGGAAUAGGUUUUGUCGUGUCCUCUUCACGACUGUCUUGGUGUGCUUCGAACAUGUUAGUUUGUUGGUGAUGUGGACACCAAGGAACUUGAAGCUCUCAACCUGCUCCACUACAGCCCCGUCAAUGAGAAUGGGGGCGUGCUCGGUCCUCUUAUUUUUCCUGUAGUCCACAAUCAUCUCCUUUGUCUUGUUGUCCUGGCACCACACGGCCAGGUCUCUGACCUCCUCCCUAUAGGCUGUCUCGUCGUUGUCGUUGAUCAGGCCUACCACUGUUGUGUCAUUGGCAAACUUAAUGAUGGUGUUGGAGUCAUGCCUGGCCAUGCAGUCAUGAGUGAACAGGGAGUACAGGAGGGGACUGAGCACGAACCCCUGAGGGGACCCCCGUGUUGAGGAUCAGCGUGGCGGAUGUGUUGUUACCUACACUUACCACCUGGGGGCGGCCCGUCAGGAAGUCCAGGAUCCAGUUGCAGAGGGAGGUGUUUAGUCCAAGGGUCCUUAGCUUAGUGAUGAGCUUUGAGGGCACUAUGGUGUUGAACGCUGAGCUGUAGUCAAUGAAUAGCAUUCUCACAUAGGUGUUCCUUUUGUCCAGGUGUGAAAGGUCAGUGUGGAGCACAAUAGAGAUUGCAUCAUCUGUGGAUCUGUUGGGGCGGUAUGCAAAUUGGAGUGGGUCUAGGGUUUCUGAGAUAAUGGUGUUGAUGGGAGCCAUGACCAGCCUUUCAAAGCACUUCAUGGCUACAGACGUGAGUGCUACGGGUCGGUAGUCAUUUAGGCAGGUUACCUUAGAGUUCUUGGACACAGGGACUAUGGUGGGCUGCUUGAAACAUGUUGGUAUUACAGACUCAGACAGGGAGAGGUUGAAAAUGUCAGUGAAGACACUUGCCAGUUGGUCAGCGCAUGCUCGGAGUACACGUCCUGGUAAUCCGUCUGGCCCUGCGGCCUUGUGAAUGUUGACCUGUUUAAAGGUCUUACUCACAUCGGCUACGGAGAGCAUGAUCACACAGUCGUCCGGAACAGCUGAUGCUCUCGUGCAUGUUUCAGUGUUACUUGCCUCGAAGCGAGCAUAGAAGUAAUUUAGCUCGUCUGGUAGGCUCGUGUCACACUCUUUGAAAGCGUUAGCUCUACCCUUUAGCUCAGUGCGGAUGUUGCCUGUAAUCCAUCGCUUCUGGUUGGGGUAUGUACGUACAGUCACUGUUGGGACGACGUCAUCGAUGCACUUAUUGAUGAAGCCAGUGACUGAUGUGGUGUACUCCUCAAUGCCAUCGGAAGAAUCCCAGAACAUAUUCCAGUAUGUGCUAGCAAAACAGUCCUGUAGCUUAGCAGCUGCUUCAUCUGACCACUUUUUUAUUGACCGAGUCACUGGUGCUUCCUGCUUUAGUUUUUGCUUGUAAGCAGGAGGAUAGAAUUAUGGUCAGAUUUGCCAAAUGGAGGGCGAGGGAGAGCUUUGUACGCGCAAGAGUGUAGUAGUCUCAAUUUCAAUGUUUUUGAACAGUACGAUUUAAUCAAAUGUGAUGACCUUUCUUCAGUCAACCUGAACUGUACCAUGUCACAUAUAGUUUACUUGAAAUGCCUUGCUUUGUGAACUUAACAAAACAUAUGUUGUUUAGUAAAGUGCUUGACCUUUCUCUCCUUUUCCUCUGCCUCUUUAGUGAGGGGAGUGGAGCCUUCUCAGGCUCUCAGAUCUACCACAUGGUGCUUUACAUUCACACAAACCUGCAGAAGGAGGUGGAAGCCCUCAUGAAACACUAGUAAGCAUCCAUCGCUUUUGUUUUUAUUUGUGAUUCAAGAGUGCGAAGAAGACCACAUAAGCAAUGAGAAGUCAUUCAGAAGCAAAGAAAAUACAAUAUAUUUUUCUGAUGGCAAUGUAUUGUCUAUUCAUCUGAUGUUUAUCUCACACAGCCACAUCAAAGGGGGUUUCAGUCGCUACCACAGAAAAUACAAUUUUGCAAAUUCAAGAAUUAUAGAAUUCUUUCAAGAUCAGCUGAAUAAGUAAGUAAUGCUUUUUUUAAAUUCUUGAUGGUUAGCCAUCAUCUUUCUCUUCACCACAGAGAUGAGACAUUAUCUGGAUGUAUGAGAGAUAUUAACGCCACAGAGAUUAGACAUUAUCUGGAUGUAUGAGAGAUAUUAACGCCACAGAGAUGAGACAUUAUUUGGAUGUAUGAGAGAUAUUAACGCCACAGAGAUGAGACAUUAUCUGGAUGUAUGAGAGAUAUUAACGUCACAGAGAUGAGACAUUAUCUGGAUGUAUGAGAGAUAUUAACGCCACAGAGAUGAGACAUUAUCUGGAUGUAUGAGAGAUAUUAACGCCACAGAGAUGAGACAUUAUCUGGAGAUAUUUACAUUUACAUUUACAUUUUAGUCAUUUAGCAGACGCUCUUAUCCAGAGCAACUUACAGUUACUGAGUGCAUACAUUUUUCAUACUGCCCCCCCGUGGGAAUCGAACCCACAACCCUGGCGUUGCAAACGCCAUGCUCUACCAACUGAGCUACACAGGGCAAUAAAACCUUGCCUGGAAAUGCAAGACACAGAUGACUAUAAGCACGAUUAGCAGUCAUACAUUCUGUAGCACUCGUUUGCUCCACAUUGAACGGCCCACUUCUUUCAGACAAAUGAUGCAGUAGUGCUGCUGUAGUAAUAACAAAAUAAUACAAAAAUAACAGCAAAUAUGAUCACAAGAGGGGAAAAACUAACACGCUUCACUUCAGAGUUCUGGUGCUGAUAGGAACAUGUUCUUUCCAAACUCUAAAAGCUAGGACUACGAAUACUACAUUUAUCAAAUACUCCAAGUGCAAGAUAUGUCCACAGUCCACUAUCUUACCUAGAUAGAAACAACUAUGUUCUCAGAAAUAAAAACUACUUCAGGCCAAACUGAGCUGAGUUCGUGGCAGGGGAGUACUUCAAGUGUUUAAGUAACUAUUGUUCACAUUCACACUCAACCCAAUCACUCUCUCACACACACACACACACACACACACACACACAAAUACAAUAUAUUCGCAUAGUGGUCCUAAGGUUACUAAUAGUAUAGCCUGUACGACCUACAAGGACCAGCCAAGAAACACAUUUGGGCCAUGGCUGCCCUAAAGACACAGGUAGUAACAUCUGGACCAGGGAUAAAGCACACCAACCACUGGUCCACCAGAAAAAUAAGAGCCAAGCUAUCAAUAGGAAAAUAAAAGGAAACCAUAUGAGAGAUGGUAUGAGAGAUAUUCAGCCACUUGGAGGACAAUCGAAUAAAAAAGUGCAGCUUCUUCAUUAGUUAAACCUUUGUCUCCUCUUCCAGACUGUUGGAUAAGUGGGAGACGUACAUGGAGAACUUCCGUAUGGAGAUGGAGGGCAUCUACUUCCCAGACACAGUGGAGGAGUGGAUGGAGGAGAAUGUCAACGCCAACAUGGAUCUACUGAGAGAGAAUGCCCGGGAUGCCGAGCGAAUCCUAAAACUGAACGGACAGCCAAAGUCACUGAAGACCUUAUAGGGACUUGUCUUGUACAAUCUCCAGACCUGAUGCUGUUGGGUUGGAACUUAGCACACAGUACCUGUUGCUGGUAUGUCUAAAGGAGUUUUUCCUGACCAUGUGACUUGACCAGG